GUGAUUCGGGUUUUUAGUCGACAGAUAUCUCGCAGCGAUCGAGCAAUAAGCGCGAGUGACCACAGCUCUCUUCUCUGGAGAGGAGCGAUACGAAUUGGAGUGAAGACGCGAGUAUGAUAUUGUCUGGGAGGAGGCUCUUGAGCAAUCCAAAAGAGGAGGGCGCUUCUUCUUCUCCACGAAAAUCAAUCACGACCAACAACAGCACACCAGGUGAAUCAGGCCAGGAAUGCAUGCUGGAGCGAUUUUAUUUCUUUCUUCCAGGCAAGAGCUCCUCCGGGACAAGGUCGCGGUGAUCACCGGCGGAGCCAACGGCAUCGGCGCCGCCACGGCGCGGCUCUUCGCAUCCAACGGCGCAAGGCUGGUCAUCGCCGACAUUGACGACGAGUCGGGCGCCCGGCUCGAGGCUGAGGUCGGCGGCCCGGCGGUAUGCCGCUACGUGCACUGCGACGUGGGCAGCGAGGCCGACAUAGUCCGCGCGGUACGCACCGCGGUGUCCGAGUUUGGACGGCUGGAUGUGAUGCACAACAACGCCGGCGUGCUCAAUGGGCGGCAUCCAUCACCGUCGAUCUCCUCCAUGGAGGCGGCCGAGCUGGAUUUCCUCUACGCUGUGAACGUGAGAGGGGCGGCGCUGGGGAUCAAGCACGCGUCGCGCGUCAUGAUUGAGCAGCACGUCCAGGGGUCGAUUCUGUGCACCGCCAGCGUCUCGGCUAUGGUGGCCGGCCUCGCGCUCCACCCCUACACCAUCACCAAGCACGCCAUUCUAGGGCUCGUCAAGACGUGCGCGCUGGAGCUCGCCCACUAUGGCAUCCGCGUGAAUUGCAUCACACCCAAUGGGGUCUUGACGGAUUUGCUGUGCUCUGUGGGGCGGCAUCUCAGGCAUCUCGAGAUCCGGGAUGAGAAAUCCUGCCCUGGCUCUGAGAAUUGCGAGGAUUUGAGGAAGAUGCUGGCGCCCGAGGACGUGGCCAAGGCCGCGCUUUUCCUGGCCAGCGAUGAUUCGAAGUAUAUCAGCGGCCAUAGCCUCGUGAUCGAUGGGAGCUUCAGCGCUGGCGCCGUGGGCGGAUUGAAUGUGUUCAAGGGAUUGCAGAGAGGAGAGAUCGAGUUCGUUCCUUGACGAUGAGAUUCCAUUCCCAAGCGCGCGAGAGAAUUGGGAGAGGGAUUUUAAAACGAAGAAGAAAUAUUUUGAUGGGGUAUAAACCCUAGUUCUUGUU